AAGUUAACUACCAUUAUUACUUCUUUGGAAUUGAUGAGUUUUGAGAAUCUUCAAAAAUUACAAAUAGAAUUGGAUAAUUUUAAUAAUGAAUCUGAUUUUAAUGAACAACAUUUUUCUGAUGUUGAAAA